CCUUACGCGUUGCUCUCCAUAUCGACGCCCUACACACAAGGACGAGGAAAUCGUCGCAACGUAUCUGGCACAAGUUUAUGGGAUAUGCGGCAUGCGAUACUGUCAGUGUGGAUAGCAAAAGCAUCACCGUCUCGCAAUGGCGGACCAAGAACAACAGCAACUUCCAGAGGCUCCCUUCCCUGCACCUCCUCCCUUCUGGCGCCAUUUCACCACAGCGAACGAGGAAAAGUUGAAAGAGAUAGACUCGAGUGAGGCAGGACGAUCCGAAAAGCUACGAAUUCCAUUGGCUUAUUUGCGCCCUCCGCCUCCUCCACCUGAAUCCGCGGAAGUCUACACAACAUUUGGCCAAAGUCAGGUCAUUGACCCGAGCAAACCAGCCUCGCUGCCUAGAGAUCAGCUGCUCUUUGACCCCGACCGUCCAAAUCUCAACCAUGCCGUGUUGCUGAGCAAGAUGACCAAGUCUCUCAUGCUCAAUUUCCUCGAGUUGACGUGCGACCUCUCAUUGGAUCCUACAUCAUACGAAGAGAAAAUAGAAGAUAUCAGACAAUUGGUACUCAACAUCCAUGUUGUCAUUAAUAUGUACAGACCUCAUCAAGCGCGAGAAAGUGUCAAAGAGAUGCUCGAGAGUAUCUUGGAGGACGGCGAGAGAGAAAUUGAAGAAUCCGAUAAGCUGAAGCAGAGAGCUGAGGAGUUCUUGGCCGAGACGGGAAAGACAGAUACCCAUGCCGGUUCAGCGAUGAUUGUAGACACGGAUGGAGAGACGUCUAAAAUUGGCAGAGGGAGCGCAAAAAUGGAUGAACAGAGACGACUGUGGGAUAUGAUUCACGAAUUGACAGACUGAUGAGCUACGGACCCACAUUGAAUACUCAUGUGAACCGGCCGCCAUUUGGAAGAAAGCAUUGAGACUUGAACGAUUAAACUGCUUGGUGAGCACGAAGAUGCAUGGAAUGAAAUUCGGCACCAAGAUCCUUCUUGCGACAGCCUAAACAUGAAUUUCAGAAGCUGCCACUCCCGCAAUCGCCUCCUUGUACGAUGCGAGUGCUGGUUCAACCUCCUCCUGGACAAAUUCAUCCACUUGUUCUGGAGACCUGCCAAUGAAUUUGGCGGGAUUCAAAAGGUCAUUUUCCGUCAAUUCAGCCCAAACUGGCUCAAAAAACUUUUCUUUUCUGAUUCUGUCGACCAAAUCGUUGGCCUUGCCCUCUUGCUUCACGACUGCACCUGCCUGGUGCGAAAGCACACGGAUCUGCUCGUGUGCUUCCUGUCUGCUUGCACCUUUCUCGACCAAACGCAUGAUGAUUGUCUCGGUGGCCAUGAAAGGCAACUCUUGUUGCAAACGGCUGUUGAUCACAGCGGGAUACACAACCAACCCCGAGGAAACAUUGUCAAGCAAUAUGCACAGCGAGUCGGCAAUCAGGAACAUCUCGGGGAUGUCAAUUCGACGGAUUGCAGAGUCGUCCAGAGAUCGUUCGAACCACUGGUGGGCAUAAGUCUGACCGAAUCCUUGAGGCAGAGAGGUCAGUUUUCGACCCAGACUCGACAUUCGCUCGCAGCGCAUCGGAUUGCGUUUAUAUGCCAUGGCAGAUGAGCCAAUUUGAUCCUUCUCGAAUGGUUCUUCGAGUUCUUUCAUCAUAGCCAGGUGUCGGAUGUCAGUACCGAUGUGCUCACACGUCGUACCAAAGGAUGCGAGUACAUUGGCUACAUCGAAGUCGAUUUUGCGGUUAUAUGUCUGGACAGAUACGAUGCUGCGCUUGCUAAAACCCGCCUUCUUGGUGACCAGCUCGUCCAGAGCCUUGACCUUGGCGUGAUUUCCAUGGAACAAUUCGAGGAACGAUGCCUGUGUGCCGGUGGUACCUUUCACGCCACGGAAGCGGAGAUCGGAACGUGCUCGCUCAAUGUUGCGCAAAUCCAUGAGCAGAGAUUCGAUCCAUUGUGUGGCACGCCGACCGACGGUGAUGGGUUGAGCCGGUUGACCAUGCGUGAAGCCUAAGCACGGUAGAUCCUUGUAUUGCACGGCGAAGUCGGAUAGUUUCUUGAUACAUCUGGCGAUCUUGGGUAGCAGGAGCGAAAGCCCGUCACGUAGAAAGAUCAAAUCCGCAUUGUCAGUCACGUAGCAUGAUGUAGCGCCCAGAUGGAUCUUUCCGGCAGCUGCUGGUGCUCGCUGGCCGAAUGCAUGGACAUGAGCCAUAACAUCGUGUCGUCGACGCUUCUCCUCGAUGGCAGCAACGGCAAAGUCUUCGUCUGUCAUUGUGCUCGCAGCCUUCAUUUGACUGAUUGCUUCUUCGGAGAUGUCGAGACCCAGUUCCCGCUCAGCUUCGGCCAGCCAGAUCCAGAGUUGGCGCCAUGUCGAGGCGCGAGUGCGGGCGCUGAAAAGUCUGAGCAUGUCCUUGCUCGCAUAACGAGCGCCCAUGGGCGAUUGCCAUUCGUCGUAGGACAUGGCGACGUGGAGAGACUGCUCGAGAAAUAUGGGUAGAUUGAGACUGACUGAAAUGUCGAAUUAGUUCCUGGGUUUGUUGCUGUGGAUUGAAUGGAGCUGGGUUUUUUUCCUUGACGCGCGGGGUGUCUUUUAAAAAAAACAAUCGAUGCUGGUGAUUGGCUGAAAUGCGGGGCGUCGGCCAGCG